UUUGCAAGAUUUAAAUUCCUCCGAAGUUUAUAUCGUUUAGACUUUUUUUUCUACCUGGAAAGAAAGGAGGGGAUUACGCUCUGAUCGAGAAACUCACUUUCUUGGCAUUUCCUGCGCGCCCGUCGGCUCUCCAGCUCUCCAUUUGGCACGGUAGCGGUCCAAAGUCCUUCAGUCAUUUGAUGGGACGCGUGAAGUACACUGAGACACACAGAUUUUGUCCUUCAGAAAUUAAGGGAUUAUAAAGAGCCGAUGAUCCAGCUAUAGCCAGAAGAGGAACAUUUGAAAAGCCCAAGUCAACAAAAUCGCUUUUGGUUUCCUGAAAAACAUCUUUUUAAUGUGAACAGAUAAAAGUGGGAGGUCAUAGGAUGAUUGUGUCAGCCAGAGAUCUUUGAUGAACUUUUUUUUAAACUUUCAGCCAUGGCAUUAAGUGAGAUAUACACAUGAAGUGAAAUCCUCUGCUUUGGAGGGAGGACUUAAAAGAAGAUUUUUCAGUGAAAAAAACAAAAAACAAAAAACACAAACUGUAGAUUAUUCUUCAUCCAACAAAACAAACAAACCUCUACUCCCUCUUCAGUGAGAUGAAUUUGGCACCAGCUCUCAUUUCAGCAUACUUCUAAUUAAGCUCUGGUUUCACAAUCACCAUCUCACUGCCAACUACCGUUUCUGCUUGAUGCUGAAAAUUGAACAGAACUCCAGGAGAAGUCAGAAAAAGGCAAAGCAGACUUAUUCAAUUAAAUUGUGUUUUUUAUACCAUGUCACCACAAAUCUGAGACAUCGAGAUUCUUGUGCUUACUUCUCUAAAAACUGUGGCGUGUGAAGCUUGUAUUAUUUCAGUCAUAAUAUUUUGAACCCUGGACAUUUAAAUUUUCUCUUGGAUUUUCUCCCUUGGUUGUUUCCUUCGUGGCUCUCUGCCAUUUUGUCCUCUCAUUCUCAUUGCUCCAGUGAUACGCUGUUUCCCCCACACACCCCCAAGUCCUCCUCGUCUCUUUUGCAAAUCAUACUGGUUCUCUGAGAGGCUUCAUCCUGGCCGGCACUAUUCCAGCCAAGGGGGAAGAGGACUUCCUGACGCUGGCCGCUUCACGGCUCAGCCGCAGGAAACGCGUCAUCGGAGCUGCUGUAGGUGUAGCAAUGGUCCUAAUACUCUUGGUUGCCAUUCCCUUGCUGGUCCACACAACCAAAGGAGGGAAUGCUGGAAAUGCAAGGAGCCAUUAUGAAAUGCUCGGAAGCUGCAGGAUGGUAUGUGAUCCCUACGCCACGUCUCAGCCAGGCCAAGAGCUGACAGCUGCGUCUCCACCCCCCCAGGAUUACUCUGGAAAGAAGAUAAAGUCUGGGCUUCGAGGGCCUCCAGGGAUCCCUGGGCCUCAAGGAGAACGUGGACCCCCUGGAGAGCCAGGCAAACCAGGGCCACAGGGUCCCCAAGGUCCAGGCCCUGGUGGCUAUUCUCCCUCACUCUACACUCCCAAAAUUGCCUUUUACGCAGGGCUACGAAAGCAACACGAAGGCAAUGAAAUACUGAAGUUUGAUGAUGUGGUGACCAAUGUAGGUAACUACUAUGAGCCGAGCACCGGCAAAUUCACCUGCCCACUGCCUGGCAUCUAUUUCUUCACCUACCAUGUUCUAAUGAGAGGUGGUGACGGGACGAGCAUGUGGGCGGACCUGAAGAAGAACGGACUGGUAAGAGCAAGCGCCAUUGCUCAGGAUGCUGAUCAGAAUUACGACUAUGCCUCCAACAGUGUGAUCCUGCAUUUGGACGUAGGUGAUGAGGUGUGUGUGCAGCUGGACGGAGGGAAGGUCCACGGAGGAAACACAAAUAAGUACAGCACCUUCUCCGGCUUCCUCAUCUACCCAGACUGAAUUGAAUCCCCGCAGAGUGCGAACAAUAAAAAAUAAAUAAAACAAAACACCAACAUACAUAUAGACACACUGACACUUACACAGACAUAUACAUAUGCAAAUUGAUGCACAAACACAGAAAUGCAGUGCACACACAAAAAUAUGCACAUAGAUGAAUACAAGCAAGCACACACACACACAUAUCUGCAUAAAGACAUUUUGAAAUUGCAGCCUACAACAAAGGAAUGAAAAUCAGAGAUAAACGGAAUAAAGUCAAUCUGUGCCAAUAGUCAUUUAUUGGUGCCCUUUGAAUACAAAUAUGAAUUUCAGAAUAUGUACAAUAUAGGUGCAAAUUCAAAUUCUACAUCGUGGCUCUAAAAUAUCUAAAGAAUUGUAAUGUAUUAUAUAUUAAAUGACAUUGUGCAAACUAGAAUAAAUGAAAGACCAUGAGUCUGGCUGUCGUGCUGCAAUGAUGGUGUUGAGGGUGCCAUUAAUUAACAAAGCUGAGACAAAUGUGCUCCAAUCUUUACCUGCACAGUAUUUAUUUACACAUUUCUGCUCCGCUUUCCAACAAUCUGUUUGGCCUGCAUACAUUUUGCAACUCAUCAUUGUAAAAUACUUUCCUCUAAGCUUCAAAGUGAAUUACACCAAUUGAAAUGAAUUAAACCCCUGUUGUGAUUCAGCGAGCAUUGGGACGAUACUGAUUAAAGCGAGGCCAUUUGAAUAAACAGAUGCUUGACUCGUCUCUUCUCAUUUGAUUAUGGCGCCGAAUGUCACUUGGCAGGACGAAACAAAGCAUCUGAACAUCGCAAGGAAAACAUAUCACAAUGCAUUUCAUCGAUGGCACUUUUGUGUACUGAAAUUUUAAUUGCCAAGUGCAUUAUAUUGUGUGUGUUUGAGAGCACGUGCGUGUAUGUGAGUAAGUGGGCAUGUUAAUAUGUGUGAGUGGAUAUAUAAAUCAUGUAAGAUACUGGGGAGGUGAAACAUUGACAAGUCCAGUGUUUUAUUUUCAUUAAAUGUUGUACAUUUCACACCUUACUAGAAUUACACUGCCAUGUCUGAGAUACCUUGUCAAAGAAUCACCAAAUGUAAAAGAGUCAUUUUGGGAUGGGCUAUGAAGUAUAUUGAAACGUUUGAGUUGACAGUUGCUAUUAAAA